GAGGUGAAAAGAGGGGAGGGUAGAGAAGAGAGAGGAGAGGAGAGGAGAGGAGAGGAGAGGAGAGGACCAUCAUGGAGCACUGGAAUCGAAUCAAGAUUGCCAAACGCCAGAUACUGAUCACCAACUUCUUUGUCUUGCUGCUGGGCCUCUCUACGGCCACCAUGGCAGCUGUCACCCACUUUGGAGACCACUUUACUGUCAUUGGCCAUGUAUCCUUGGAGAGGAACCCCUAUGGAGCAAUGCACUACUGGGCCUUCUACGUGGGGAUCAGCCUAGCAGGUCUACUGAGCCUGGGCGCUGCCCUGAGCACCAUAGCCACAGUGAGGGAGGCCCAUGGCCUCAUGGCUGCGGGGUUCCUGUGCUUUGCCCUGUCAUUCUGCGUCCUGGUGCAGAUGGCAUUCUGGAGAUUCCACAACCCCACCCAGGUGGAGGAUGCAGUAUUGGACACCUAUGACCUCGUGUAUGACCAGGCAAUGAAGAGCCCAUCUAGCAGCUGGUGGCAGGAGCUGGCCACCAUCCAGGACACGUUUCUGUGUUGUGGGAAGAAGUCUCCUUUUGGGCUUCUGGCAAGCACCAGAGCCAUCCCGUGUCAGGGCCAGGAGGCCAUGAGAGAGGACUGCCUACAGAGCAUUGGGAAGUUUCUGUGGACACACUACAGAAUCGCCUCCACCCUGACCUUCACCAGCCUGGCCCUCACGGUAUAUGCUAUGACACUCUGCGCCUUCCUCUGGUUUGCCAUUCACUCCUACUGUGGCUUGGAUCGAAAAGGCAGAUACACCCUGAGCCCACGAACAUCCCAUGGCUGCCAGCCCCAGGAACCCAGCCUCUUCAGAUGGACUGAGGGUAGGCCAGUGCCUCAACGCCCCUCUGAAACACAAGCAUUUGCUAACUAUUCGACACCCCUGUGAAGCACGGGUGUUCGCUCACUGGGUCUAGUAGGAUGUUUGCUGUCUGCUUGCCCACAGAGAUGAAGACUCUGGCCCUGAGCCCUCCCAUGAUCCACAUGGUGGGGGAAUGGAAGGGGAGAAGAUUCCACCAGAUGUGUUAGUUACCUUUACAUUGUUGUGGCCAGACACCUACCAGAAACAGGAAAGAUUUAUUCUUGUUCAUGGUUGUAGAGAGAUUCUAGUUCAUCAUAACAGGGAAGGCAUGGAGGAGUGGCUGUGUCUAUGGCAACAGGAAUAUAAGAUGGCAAAUGCUGGAGGGGUCAUCAAGGACCACCUUUGCUCUGAAGUCAUGGCAACAAAAUGCAUGGAACCACAUGGCAAUAGCCAGGUUUUUGGUAAUGGCCAUGGGGCCGUUAAUGCUUCUUAGUUUAGGGAGAAGAGGUCACCAUAUCC